AUGUGUGAUAAUUCAGAGAAGAAGAACUGGGCCAGGAUAAAGCUGGAGAUCUGCAACCCGAAAUACUUCUUAAACUGUUCUAUCACCACGUUUGAGGCGAAGCACCAGAAUGGAGACGGGGGCAGAAUCCUCAUAAACAUGACUUUGACGGCACUAGUUCCCGGCACGAAUAACUUAUCGAUUGGUGGCACAGUCGAAUACAAGUCAAAGUUUCGCGUGAAUUACCACUACAAAUUCUGCGAUUUCUUAAAGCUGCCAUGGGUCGUAGCAAUUUUGGAAACGCAGAACGUGCCGCACCCAUUGCCCUGUCCCUACCCUGCCGGUACCUUUAGUGUGCAUAAUGUAGAAAUGCCACCAGCAAAAUGGCCCCUGCUGUUGAAGAGCACCAAAUACCGCAUAUAUUUAGAAGUGAAUGAAACGAGUACAAAGGAGCGAGCAAUAGCUAUAACCUUGCAAGGUGAAAUGUUCAAACCUAAUAAAAGAAAUGAUUAA